AUGGCUAACGUCCCGGCCCCCAAGGCCGUUCAGGAGAACCACCAUGUGGAUUACGUCAUCCGCUGCAGCUUUGGAGACACCGACGUCUCGCAGGCGGUCAAGAGGUUUGAGGUGCUUCUGCUGGAGCUCUCCGAGGUUGGCUUGCAGACCGAGGUGCGGCAGGGUGACGAGUCGUCUCUCCUGAUUUUUGUCCGCGCCGCAAGCAAGAGUAAGCUGAAGCGGGCAGUCUAUCAGUCACGUGUGCGAGACUGGCUGUAUGGCGUCCGGAGCGUCGAACCCGAACCAGCGAGCUCUGCUAUGCCUCACUCGGAGGCCGAGCGCCUGCGUGUUAUCUACCGCAUGAUCACGGCAUCCAAGGAGGAGGGCGGUGCAGGAAUCACCCCCAAGCACGGAGAAUGGCAGAAUGUCGAUUCGAUUUUCCCGCUGCACGACGAGGAGACCAAUAGACAGUGCAUCAGAGAUUGGAGCCAAAAGACGUUCUUGUCGACGGAGGACCUGGAUCAGAUUCGCAACACCUUUGGAGAGCAUGUCGGCUUCUAUUUCGCCUUCUUACAGUCGUAUUUCCGGUUCCUGAUUUUCCCUGCGGUGUUCGGUUUCUCCUGCUGGCUGCUGCUGGGGUCUUUCUCUAUCAUCUAUACCGUGGUGAACUGUCUCUGGACAAUCGUCUUUAUCGAGUACUGGAAGCGCCAGGAGAACGAUCUCAGUUGCCGGUGGCAGACCAAGGGCGUCUCUGCGGUCCAAGAGAAACGAAGAGAAUUCGCGCCGGAACGGCAGGUCGUUGAUGAAAGUACCGGCGAAGUUUGCGGGGUGUUCCCGGCCAUGAAGCGGAUGUACCGCCAGCUCCUUCAGGUUCCGUUUGCCCUGCUUGCCGUUAUUGCCUUGGGCGCCAUCAUCGCCACCUGUUUUGCAAUCGAGAUCUUUAUUUCGGAGGUUUACAGCGGCCCAUUCAAGCAGUAUUUGGUGUUCAUCCCGACUGUCCUGCUGUCCGCGCUUGUGCCCACCAUGAGCGCCGUUUUGCUGUCCGUGGCGACCAAACUCAACGACUAUGAGAAUUACGAGACGCAGGAUGCUUAUAAUGCGGCACUGACGCAGAAGAUCUUCGUGGUCAAUUUCAUCACCUCCUAUCUCCCAGUGUUCUUGACAGCCUUUGUUUACGUGCCCUUUGCUAGCCGUAUCGUGCCAUACCUCGAUGUGUUCCAAAUGACAGUUCGGCCGUUCGUGUCAAAGGAGCAUGCCACAAAACUACGCACUAAUUUUACGAUUGAUCCGGACCGCCUUCGAAAGCAAGUUAUCUACUUCACGGUCACAGCCCAGAUUGUCGGCUUUGCACUGGAAAACAUCGUCCCCUUUGUCAAGCAGCGUCUUUGCCGCAAGUACAAGGCCUAUGCCCAAAAGCAGCAUGCGAAGACCGAGACGGGCAACGGCAAAGGUUCCGAAGAGAAGAAGCGCAUUUCUUUCGGGGAUGAUGAAGAGGAAGCCAAGUUCCUCACUCGCGUCCGCAACGAAGCCGAGUUGUCGGAGUAUGACGUCACAGACGACUUGCGCGAGAUGUGUAUUCAGUUUGGAUAUCUGGCCCUCUUCUCUCCUGUCUGGCCCCUCGUACCUGUUUCCUUCCUAGUCAACAACUGGAUUGAACUCCGGUCCGAUUUCUUCAAGAUCUGCGUCGAGUGCAAGAGACCCUGGCCACAGCGCGCGGAUACCAUUGGACCCUGGUUGGACAGCCUGGGCUUCUUGUCAUGGGUGGGAAGCAUCACCAGCGCAGCCCUCGUUUACAUGUUCAGCAACGGCCACGAGGGUCCCAAUGGCGAGCCUGCGGCGAUCAAGGGCUGGGCUCUGCUAUUGACCAUCUUCUUCUCUGAGCAUAUCUACCUGGCGGUGCGGUACGCCGUGCGAGCUGCCAUGGGGAAGAUUGAAGGCCCGAACGAACGCCGUGAACGCACGGACCGCUUCAUGAUCCGCAAGAGAUACAUCGACUCUGUAAUCCUUGCGGAGAGCGAUAGCGACGAGCCUGACAAUGUCAAGGAUGUGGUGGAUUCUGUCCCUCCGUCUCAGAUUACGCGGGAAACUCUGGAGGAAGAGGCCAGGAACUGGUCCAAGCAGGGCACGGACCCCACGGAACGCUUCUGGAUGAGACAAAGGGGCUGGAAAGAGUCCGCGGAGGUUGGGUUGAGUCUCAUCACGCAGCUCAAGGCUGCCGAGAGCAAGAAGCAGCAGUAG